CUCGCAAUUUGCAUAAGGUCUCCUGUGCUGCCUCCACCGCCUCAGAUUCUCAUCCUGAGGUGGGAGAUAAGAUCUUGAAACGACAGCUGCAAUAUUUAUUUACCAGGGCUUACACUGCCCGCACAGCACGGGCAAGGCCAUCCGUGAUCCGUUUCUACCCUGAUCUCUGCCUUGUUGCAGACAAUUGAUGAAAGUUCGGCUGGUCGGUGCCUGAAAUCACAGGCACCCUCGGUCGAUACGUUCUGGAGGCAUGGAUGCUUUUUCAGACUAACGGGCUCGUAGAAUAAAUAUCCAGACUGUCCGUGGACCCCCAAGGUUAGUGAAAACGAGACUUCCAGAUGGGAAUGCAGGAGGAGUGUGUGAUGGCGGGACGAUGAUGUCACCGUUGUGAUGGCGGGCUGAUCACCCCGCUCCAAACCUGAGCGUCGCUCUUGGCGUGCGAGGUCGAGCGACUCUAUAAAGCCCUGCCCUGUGUCCAUGCAAAUCCCAUUCAUCUACUCACCGAUCGAACGACCCGACGACCAUGCUCUCCCACCUCGUCCUCGGAUCGCUCCUGGCCCGCGCCGCCUUCGGCUUGAUCAUCGAAAGCGACAGCCCGGCGUUCACCUCGUCCGGAACACAGGGAUGCAUCGCCGCCUCGUCCAACGCGGACGGCGCACCCGUAGUCAUCCAGCACUGCGACACCGCCAGCCCCGCCAACCAGGAAUGGGUCUACUCGACGUUCACGAGGCAGGAUGCCGGCCCGCAGCCGAUCACUGUCUUCGGCGACAAGUGCCUCGACGUCGUCGACGGCGCGCACAACAACGGCACGAAGCUGCAGAUCUGGACGUGCGCCGCGGGAAACACGAACCAGCAGUGGAUCUCCGUCAGGGACUUCACGAUGCAGUGGGCCGGGACGAACCUGUGCAUAGACCUGACCGACGCGAGCACGACGCCCGGCACGCAGCUGCAGCUCUGGAUGUGCGAUACGCGGAACACGAACCAGAAGUGGACGGGGCUCCCGGACCCGCGGCUGGUCUCGAACGUCCUCUCGAGCGUUAUCUCCUCCACCGACGACGUCGCGCACUGCCUGGCCGCAGAGUCGGACGCCGACGGUGCCGCGGUCGUGAUCGUCGGCUGCCUCGAAGUCGACUUCAAGUCCGCGCUGCCGAACGGCAACAUCACCUGGACCGCCCCGUCGCUCGGCUUCUCCGGCCCCAUCACGAUCUUCGAGAACAAGUGCCUCGACGUCUCCGGGGGCUCGACCGCCGAUGGCACGAAGCUGCAGAUCUGGACCUGCGGACAGGGCAACCCGAACCAGCUCUUCUCGAACAUCGGCGACCAGAUCCAGUGGAAGGGCACGAACCAGUGCAUCGACCUGACCGGCGGAAACCUCGAGGGGCUGAACCAGAUCCAGAUGUGGGCUUGCGCCACCAACGGGAACCCCAACCAGGGGUGGUUUGUCGCUCCUCUCGGCGGCUGAUAUGGACAUUUACUUCACGCUCGUUCCAUCGGACUUCUUUAUACGUAGUAGUGCUAUCCAGUUAUGAUAAUUAAUUGAGAUUCUUGAUGUGCACACCACAAGGACUAGUGCACUACAUUGUUAUACUGUAAAUCUGAACAGACAUUAAUCAGCUCAAAUGUAAGGGAC